ACCUCUUACAGCGCUCGCGGGCAAUCCAAAUAUUACACAAUACUUCGCUCCUGAGCCGCAUAUCGCUUUGAGAUAAGAAACUACAUAAUUUAUUGGUUUCGGGCGUUAAUUCCCUGGAAUCAUAAUGGUUUGGACGAGGUACACCAAGUUUUAGCGUGGAGAGCGAGGAGUAAAUUUAGCCGGGCAGAUUGCAGCAGCGGUUAAAAUCGUGAAAAAGGAGGAGGCGCGUCUGAGAUGUGAUCCAGACCCCAUAAAGCGCGCUACCGCGGAGAGGAAAGAGAAGGAUGAGCAGCACGAAUGAGCGAUAUCCGUUAAACAUCUUUAAAAAGAAAGAUGAAGAUUAUCCUCUGUACUUUUCUGUUGUGCAUUACAGCAGUGAGUGUGUUUGGCCAGUCUGUGGAGCUUAACGGCGUUAAGAAUAAGAGCAUAGAGUUCCCAACCAAAGUGGAAACCAGUGGGAGUCUGAUGUACAGCAGUAAAGUUAUUGGACGUGUCCUCGGUGGGAAACUUUUACCUCUCGAUGACCCGGAGUUCAAGGGCAGGGUGCACUGGGACAGCAGGACUGGACUCUUCUCCCUCUCUGGGCUGAGGCUGAAUGACUCUGGAGGCUAUAAAGUGGAGAAAGAUGAUGGGAAGAAAUCAGUCUCUUUCAGCCUGACUGUGUGGAAGGACAACGUUCCUGUAUCAAAGCCCCAUGUCAGUGCCACUCGUGAUAAGUACCCCUGCAAAUUAAUGUGCACUGUGGAGAGAGGAACAGGAGUGACCCUGUCCUGGUACAGAGAGGGUGAGAAGGAGAGCGUCAGCAGCUCUUCUAUUCCUAGUGCCCCAGGUCUUGACCUGUCUGUGCUUGUGGAGAGGAGCGGAAUCUACAUCUGUGAGGCCAAGAACUCAGUCGGCAGUGAGACGUCAGACCCUUUCCCUGUGGGGGCCCACUGCACAGGUGGAGCUGCUGGUAUCUGGAAGACAGAUGGGUCUAAAAUGUGGAGCCUGUACCUGGUGCUGAUUGUGAUGCUGUGUAGUCGCCUGGUUUGAGCCUGAUGAGUGAGAAUGAACUUUGACCUCUGGAUGGGUGGAUGAGUCAGUGCUGCAGGAAAUUCAGUUUUGCAGCUGUUCUCCCAGUCCCAGUCAUCCUCUGUCUCAGGCUGUUCUCCCAGUCCCAGUCAUCCUCUGUCUCUGGCUGUUCCCCCAGUCCCAGUCAUCCUCUGUCUCAGGCUGUUCUUCCAGUCCCAGCUAUCCUCUGUUUCAGGCUGUUCUCUCUGUCCCAGUCAUCCUCUGUCUCUGGCUGUUCUCCCAGUCCCAGUCAUCCUCUGUCUCAGGCUGUUCUCUCUGUCCCAGUCAUCCUCUGUGUCAGGCUGUUCUCUCUGUCCCAGUCAUGAACUGAAGCAAACAGUCGAUUGUUUUUAAUUAGGCUGCUUUGACGUCUUCCCCUCUUCUGGCCACUUUAUGUAAUAUCUGUGCAUACCAUGAAGAAUAAAUGUUCCACAUUCAUGUCUGAAGACAUUUAAUUUGUCAGAUCAACUAAUGCUUUUAUUGACUGUGAUUUAUGGAAAAUGGUAACUUUAGAAAGAGGCUCCAUUUAUAAUAGAUUAAUGUACAGUGAUAGGUGUGAUGUCAGUGGGGCUCUACCUGCUACUGGAUUAAAUUGUUCUGAAAUUCAUAAACUGUUGCCUGUAGAGCUCUGUAUUAUUCCAUAUGAUCUUUAUGAAGCUGUUUGUAUUCAAGACUGAAGAUUUUCUGCCACGGACACGAGUGUAUCUCUGUCCACCAUGAUGCGAAAACCUGUUCCAUUGCCUGUAUAAUUCAGUUUUUUUAAUGAUAACUGCCUUUUUAUAGUUUAAUUCAGUAUCAUAUCAGAGUGAUCAGUUCAUAGUUUAAUUCAGUGUCAUAUCAGUACCUAUCUGUCUACAUGUAUGACACAGCUGGUGGGUCUGUCACAUGACUGACACACCUGGAGCACCUGUCUCUCAGAUGUUUUAAUUCAGAACAAUCAGAGUGGAGACUCCUUAAUGCUACUGAAUUUUAUUACGUAUUUUAAGGAACACAUUGAAAAUUUUCAGUUGUGUCUAUGUGUUACAUACAGUGAUUAUGGUCAUAUAUUUCAUUUGUGAUAAUGUUCACAUUUAUAACUGGCUCGUUCAAAUAAAAGAAUGUUUAUGUGUGUGUGUUA